CUGCUUGUUAUGAUUAAAUUGUGUGCAGCCCAACACAAACAAUCAUGCAACAAUCCCAUCUACUGCCAAGGAGACGUACUCCACGUUGUGCAAACGGCUAAAAUCUUCAACGAUUCGAAGACCUUCGUCGAUAUGGCACUAGUAAAUCCAAUCAAUGAAACGUUGGCAAACUUUUACGCCAUGAUGAGCGAAACCGACAACAACCCGUCCAGGGAGAAAAUCCAGGAGUACGUCAAUAAGAACUUUAAAAGCAUCGGCGAACUGGAGGAAAUCUUCCCGAGAGAUUUUCAAGCAGAGCCAAAGAUUGUCAAGGAAAUUAACGACCCUGUCGUCAGAGCAUUUACGAAAAAUUUGGUCAGUAUUUGGCCGACAUUGACGAGAAAAGUUUCUUAUCGCGUGUUUGAAGAACCGGAUACUCAUUCCCUGAUACCAGUUCAACAUCCAUUCGUUAUACCUGGAGGGAGAUUCAAGGAAUAUUACUACUGGGACUCUUACUGGAUAAUCAAAGGACUCCUUCUGUCCGAUAUGGUGGAAACAGCACGCGGUAUGGUCCAGAACAUCAUUUCCAUAGUGGAACGAUACGGUUUUGUACCUAAUGGUGGUAGAGUAUAUUACCUAAAUAGAUCGCAACCUCCAGUUUUAACAUUAAUGGUGUAUGACUACAUGAAAUAUACCAAGGACUAUGAAUUUGUGCGGCAAAACAUAGGGGCGCUUGAAAAGGAAUUGAAAUUUUGGCUGACCAAGAGGAUUGUUGAAAUACGAAAGAAUGGCAAGAUUUAUAUUUUGGCUCAUUUUGAUUCCAGUAGUGACACGCCAAGACCAGAGUCUUAUUUUGAGGACAUUGAAACUUGCUCCAAUUUACCAUCUGAUGAUGAAAAGUACGAGUGUUACACGGAUUUGAAAAGCGGCGCCGAAAGUGGUUGGGACUUUACCUCUCGAUGGUUUUUCGAAAAAGACGGGGGUUUAUCUGAUAAAAUCGAAAAUAUUCAAACCAGACGAAAUAUACCCGUUGAUCUAAACUCGUUCCUUUACAAAUCGUUCACGGUGAUGUACAAGUUCUUCAUGAUUCUUGGUAAGCCUGAACAAGCCAAACACUAUAUGGACCUGAGCGAAUCUUGGAAGGAAGCUAUAGAAAAUGUGUUUUGGAACGAAGAAGAUGGCACCUGGUACGAUUAUGACAUAAAGACGGGUCAGCACAGAAAAUUUUUCUUCGCAAGCAACCUGACACCUCUAUGGGCAGGAGCAUAUAACGAAGACCAAAGGGUAGAAAGAGGCAAGAGGUCUGUGGACUAUCUAAGGAAACACGGUGUACUCCAACUACGCGGCGGUAUCCCUGCCUCCAUGAUACCGACAGGGCAGCAGUGGGAUUAUCCAAAUGCGUGGACUCCCUUCCAGAACCUCAUCAUUAUCGGGUUGCAUAAAAGCGGACAUCCGGAGGCCAUUGAAGUGGCUAGAGAUUUGGCCCACAAAUGGAUCAAUUCCAACAUUAAGGGAUUCCAUGAGAACAAAGCCAUGUUUGAGAAGUACAACGCCCAGAACAGCGGACAGUUUGGCGGCGGGGGGGAGUACCACAUCCAGGCGGGUUUUGGAUGGAGCAAUGGAGGCAUUUUAGAACUGAUCAAUUUUUACCACAGGGCUAAAAUAAGGAAGUCGAAGGGACUAACAAUGCUAUAA